AUGGGGUUCGGUUGUUGUAAAAAAAUCGCGGGUUAGAUAGAUUGGAAAAUGGUACCCUAGCUGGAGCUCCAACUCUCCCAUCAAAUUCUCUCCGGUCGGUAUUUACAUCACGAAGGAAUUUGACUAACCACCAUUGCAGCUUCCUCCGUUAAUCGACCGGCGACGUGCAGCAAUUGAAUUUCUUCCAAGUAUGGGUACCCAUGGCCGAAGCAGUGAGAAGAAAAGAGAGAAGACAUCAUCUUCUCGGAAACGCAGCAGAAGAAGGUCCGACGACUCUGAAUCUGAUUCCGACGACUCCGAUAGUCGGGAUUCAUCUCCUGUAACGAGGUCCGGGAAGCGCAGGGAAAAACGCGAUGCUAGUAGAAACAGCCACCGGAGUCGGCGACGGAGCUCCUCACGUGGGCGGGAUUCUGGUGAUGAUAGUUCGAAUGAUAGUUAUGACAGUGAUGAUGGGGGUCGUAAGAAGAGUAAGUCUUUGAGGAAAGUUACCGAAGAGGAAAUUAGCGAAUACUUGGCCAAGAAAGCGCAGAAAAAGGCCUUGCGAGUUGCGAAGAAAUUGAAGUCACAGACGGUUUCUGGUUAUUCUAACGAUUCGAAUCCAUUUGGCGACUCGAAUCUGAAUGAAAAAUUUGUUUGGCGGAAGAAAAUUGAGCGUGAUGUUACUCAAGGCGUGUCACUUGAUGCCUUUUCAGUGAAGGCUGAAAAAAAAAGACAGAGAGAAAGAAUGGCAGAGAUUGAAAAGGUGAAGAAAAGGAGGGAGGAAAGGGCUCUUGAGAAAGCACAACAUGAGGAAGAAAUGGCAUUGCUAGCUCGAGAACGUGCUCGUGCUGAAUUUCAGGACUGGGAGAAAAAGGAAGAAGAGUUUCAUUUUGAUCAAAGCAAAGUCAGAUCUGAGAUAAGAGUUCGUGAUGGGCGUUCAAAACCUAUAGAUGUUCUGUCCAAGCAACUGAAUGGGUCAGAUGACUUUGAUAUAGUAAUCAACGAGCCAUACACUGUAUUCAAGGGAUUGACUGUGAAAGAAAUGGAAGAGCUUCGUGAUGACAUCAAAAUGCAUCUUGAUAUGGACAGGGCAACGCCUACACAUAUCGAGUAUUGGGAGGCACUUCUGGUGGUUUGUGAUUGGGAACUAGCUGAAGCUCGAAAGAAGGAUGCUCUUGAUAGAGCCAGAGUUCGUGGUGAGGAGCCUCCUCCUGAGUUGCUUGCAGAAGAAAGGGGCCUGCAUUCUAGCAUUGAAACAGAUGUCAAAAAUCUACUGGAAGGGAAGACAUAUGGUGAAUUGGAGGCAUUACAAUCUCAAAUUGAGUCACAGAUGCGAUCUGGAACAGCAAAGGUGGUUGAAUACUGGGAGGCUGUCCUAAAGCGCCUUCAUAUAUACAAGGCCAAGGCUUGCUUGAAGGAAAUUCAUACGAAAAAACUGCAUGAGCAUCUUGUGCGUCUUGAGGAACCUUUGGAGGAUGAUGAAGAACAUCUGGAGCAAGAAGUCAAGAUGGGAACCGAUUAUUCUAUACAAGUGAAAGCUGAUGAUGAUGAGCAUGAUAUUGAAGAACCCCAAACAUAUUCACCCGAUCUCCUCGUGGAAGAAUAUAAUGAAGAGGCAGGAUCGUUUUCACCAGAACUUAUGCAUGGUGAUGAGGAUGAAGAGGCAGUGGAUCCCGAGGAGGAUAGGGCCAUACUGGAACGCAAGCGUAUUGCUGUCUUAGAAGAACAGCAGAGACGGGUGCAAGAAGCAAUGGCUACAAAACCUGCUCCAGUAGAGGAUAAUUUCGAACUGAAAGCCUCGAAAGCCAUGGGAGUCAUGGAGGAAGGCGAUGCAGUUUUUGGAUCUGGGGCUGAAGUGAACCUGGACUCACAGGUUUAUUGGUGGCAUGAUAAAUAUCGUCCAAGAAAACCAAAAUACUUCAAUCGGGUUCAUACAGGAUACGAGUGGAACAAGUACAACCAGACUCACUAUGAUCAUGACAAUCCACCUCCAAAGAUUGUGCAAGGAUAUAAGUUUAACAUCUUCUAUCCAGACCUUGUUGACAAGACAAAAGCUCCAACUUACACCAUCGAAAAGGAUGGAAACAGCAGCGAGACAUGUAUCAUAAGGUUCCAUGCAGGGCCACCUUACGAAGAUAUUGCAUUCCGAAUUGUAAACAAAGAAUGGGAAUACUCUCACAAGAAGGGGUUCAAGUGCACAUUUGAGCGUGGAAUUUUGCACGUAUACUUCAACUUUAAACGAUAUCGUUAUCGUAGGUAACAUAAGGCUAGUCAAGGCAGUUAUCACUUACAAUGGAGCAUAUUGCUAUGUUACAAUCUCCUUCAAGGACUCGGCUGUAUCUUCACCAACUAAAUUAAAAGCAAUGGUCGCAAAAUUUUGCUUGAUAUGAGUAAUACAUUUACUAUUCCAAAACAUCAAGCUGUAAAUACACAAUAGUAAGCCCUGAAAAUUUUGAAACGAAUUGCUUCAGCCUUCA